AAGUUUACAAGUUUCCCCGUGAAAACUGCACGUGGUAUAUCCAAUAGAAUGCUGAGGUUCACGGAAGAAUCAUUUUACGCAGGCGUGGCGAGUGUACUUCCGUCUUCUUCCCCUGCGAAUACAGAGAAAUGACUGCAACUCUACGCCCCUACCUGAACGCCGUGCGUGCCACUCUGCAGGCCGCCCUAUGCCUGGAGAACUUCUCCUCUCAGGUGGUGGAGCGCCAUAACAAGCCUGAGGUGGAGGUUCGGAGCAGUAAGGAGCUGCUGCUCCAGCCUGUCAUCAUCAGCCGCAAUGAGAAGGAGAAGGUUCUGAUCGAGGGCUCCAUCAACUCUGUCCGUGUCAGCAUCGCUGUCAAGCAGGCGGACGAGAUCGAGAAGAUCCUGUGCCAUAAAUUCAUGCGCUUCAUGAUGAUGCGAGCUGAGAACUUCUUCAUCCUCAGACGGAAAUCUGUGGAGGGGUAUGACAUCAGCUUCCUCAUCACCAACUUCCACACAGAGCAGAUGUACAAGCACAAGCUGGUGGAUUUUGUCAUCCAUUUCAUGGAGGAAAUCGACAAGGAGAUCAGCGAGAUGAAGCUGUCUGUCAACGCCCGUGCCCGCAUAGUCGCAGAGGAGUUCCUCAAGAACUUCUGAGACAAUAUUCCAACAUCCAUCAUGCUGAUUACAUGACGUGGCGUCACACUGGUUUCCUGAAAUGUGGGAGUGGAAAUAACGGCCACAAAGAGAGGGCGGACAAACUCACAUGUAAGCAGCCAAUCGCAAGGAGAAC